GCGAAUAGAGGGUCGGGGCGAGAAGCGACUGGGGCGCCUCGAGGCGAAAUGGCGGCGGCGGCGGUUGGGGAGCCGAGCUCUCGGCGCGUGGGCUUCGUGGGCGCCGGCCGCAUGGCGGAGGCCAUCGCUCAGGGCCUCAUUCGAGCAGGAAAAGUGGAAGCUCAUCACGUGCUGGCCAGUGCACCCACUGACAGGAACCUCUGUCACUUCCAGGCUCUGGGCUGCCAGACCACCCACUCCAACCAGGAGGUGCUUCAGAGCUGCCCGCUCGUCUUCUUUGCCACCAAGCCCCACAUCCUGCCAGCCGUCCUGGCAGAGGUGGCCCACGUGGUCACCUCUGAGCACAUUGUGGUGUCUGUGGCUGCUGGGGUCUCUCUGAGCACCCUGGAGGAGCUACUGCCCCCGGCCACACGGGUGCUGCGGCUCUCACCCAACCUGCCCUGCGUGGUCCAGGAGGGGGCCAUGGUGUUGGCCCGUGGGCGCCAUGCCAGGAACAGUGAGGUCGAGCUCGUACAGACUCUGCUGGAGGCCUGCGGGCAGUGCGAGGAGGUGCCUGAGGCCCAAGUGGACAUCCACACUGGCCUCAGCGGCAGUGGUGUGGCCUUCGUAUGCCUGUUCUCUGAGGCUCUUGCUGAAGGUGCCAUCAAGAUGGGCAUGCCCAGUGGCCUGGCUCACCGCAUCGCCACCCAGACCCUGCUGGGGACAGCCAAGAUGCUGCUGCAGCAGGGGCGGCACCCUGCACAGCUACGGACAGACGUGUGCACGCCCGGCGGCACCACCAUUUACGGCCUCCACGCCCUGGAGCAGGGCGGGCUGCGGGCAGCCACCAUGAGUGCUGUGGAGGCCGCCACCUGCCGGGCCAAGGAGCUCAGCAGGAAAUAAGGAGCAGGUGCCGGAUGAGGGCCACAGCCCCGGGUGCUGGAGCCGCCCUGCCCCUCCGUUCCCUUCCUCUGGCCCCUUCCCGAAGACUGUGGUUCUCUCUGACUCGCAGGACCCUCACUGGACGCACCCUGCUUCCCACAGGGGAAAUGUGGGGGGUGGAGCCGGAGGGGAUCCCUCAGCAGUGGGGACCCCGCGCCCUGCCAUCCAGGCACAAGGCCUCAUGCUGAUGGCCCACCUCGGGGUGCCACAGGCAGAGACGUCGGCAGAGCCUCUGGCACAGCAGCAGCUGUGUGGCCGCAUCUGGCUCAGGUUCGGGGACAGGAAUCUACGCGAGAGACUUGCUCCCCUCAGUAAAGCCAGCAGUGCCGGGCUGUCACGUCUGUCCUGUCCCUGGGUUGGCCUGCGGCUGGGUUGGGUUGGGGGCUGCCCCACAUUUGGGAGGAUGAGCCUUGGCUAGCAGGGGCCAAGCUCCAGCUUGGCUUUAGCUGGGUGUGUGUCCCUUCCCCAGACCCUUAGCUUCUGGCAAGUGGCAGGUGGAGCUGGCCCUGAUGACCCUUCUCAGUCAAGAGUCCUGCAGGGUCCCAAGGCAUGGCCUCUGACUGCAGGACCCUGCUCUUCAGGAUGUCCCUGACAGACCGGUAGGCCAGGAAUGGCCUGAAGCAAGGCUGGGGUAACCUUUGGGUGGGUGGGUGCCUGCAGCUUUGUCCCUGGCACUGCCCAUAAGGCCCCUGGGCCUCUUCGCUCCCACAGUCGCCGCUGCCACCAACUGCUGAGGCUUUGGGAAAGUAAUCUGACUGUAAGACAGUGGAGAGCCCCUGUGUGCUUGCGCCCUCCUGAUGGUCUACCCCCCACUUGGGUCCAAGGGGGCCCCCCCUGCAGGUCUCUGGCCCCCGCCCUCUUCCCACCUGCGUCCGACCCCACACCCAGCCCCUUUCCUGUGCGGUGGGAAUAAAGCCCAUGUCGUGUAGCA